AUGGGAGGACUGAAGCAUGUGGUCCCUAGAAGGGUUCACUUGGAGCGGUCUCAGCCUGAGCACAGGAAGAAGAGGGUUGGACAGUAUUUGGAGAAGAAAUCAGACUACAAGAAGAGGUCAGACCAUUAUCACCUUCGUGAACGGCUAAUCCAAGAACUUAGUUUAAAGGGCAGGUACAGAAAUGAAGACGAGUUUAAUUACAAGAUGAUCCACUCAAGGAUCGGCGAGCAGGGCGAGGUGAUUCUUCCCUCUGAAGACACUCUCAAGGAGAAAAAACUAACCAAAAAACUUAAACUUAAACGAAACUUGGAUAAAAUCGGUACUAAUCUUUUUGUUCUCAACCAUAUCUCCAACUCUCACAAUUCCAAGACCAAUGGUGCUAAUACCAUUUCCAAUGUUCCUAAUAAAAAGACUCAUAUAAUAUUUUCUGAUGAAGAUUGUAAAAGUUCAAACUCUAAUCAUAAACAAGUAAAUGUAAGCUUGAAGGGUUUAAAAGCUCCGAAUAAUUUGAAUAUGUUAAGACAAGAAUUGGAGGAGAAACGUAAUGUGAUGAUAGGCAAGUAUAAAAGGAAAAGAAUAAGUAGGGUAAAAAAUACAAAAUUACAUCAUUUUUCAUUUGAACGCGAUAAAUAA